AUGUUGACCACUUCAAAACCAUCAACUUCCUCACGAAAGCGAGAAAUAGAUGAGGACUAUGUUGAAGGGGACGCCCAGAACGAACCCGAUGACGAUGAUGACGAUGACUACGUAGAAAAGCCGAAGAGGAAGUCCAGCAAAGAGAAAAAGAAAAAGGAAAAGCCUGAAAAGAAACACAAGGAGCCCAAAGAGAAGAAGACUCCAAAACGAAGAUCCUCGUUGUCCUUUGAGGACGCUUUGGGAGGAGCGCCAAAAAGCUCGAAGAAGAAACAUGAUCCAAAGAAAGAUAAGCCAAUGUUUGUGGGAGGUUUACCCAUGGCUGCAAUUCAGGACGGCCCUGUUGUACCAAACGCCUACAACUAUGAUCCGAUGGCAGAAAUCAUGAAGUUAGGAACAGGUCAACUGCAAAGUGCCUACAGAAAAUCGAAACUGGUAGGAUUACUGAUUUUAGAUGAUAUACUUUUCAUAUCGAUGAAAGGCGCUCAAGCAUCCCCGACCUCCAGUGAUCUCGCCGCUAAGCAUCAAUACAAGACGACUCCUCAGCGACCUAGUCCUAGCUCCAUUCCUCCACCUCGUACUGGCUUUAUGCCACGACUCCAUGAUGUUUCACCGUCUGCCUCCACACCCUCAAAAUCUCCCAUGACGUCGCCGGCGCCACGAAGGAUGCAGGCGACUAGUGUAGAUGGAACACAAAGGUCUCCCGCAGCAGAAUUCAGUCCGGCCGUGAGUCGUGCAUCUCGAGCUUCCUUUAGCGAAUAUGGACGCACUGGCCCGAUUGGGCAAGUAUCGCCAUCGCUAUCACGAAAUGGCACUCCAUUACCGCCAGCACAAGCACAUACAUCACCAAUCGCGCCAUUCAGUUCGCCGAAACCUCCUCCGCUUCCCGCAAGAACUCAUAACUCACCAUCUGAAGUGCGUGAUGAUGCUCAGCGUGGCUUGGGAAGGCCUCAAGAUAUCAGAAAAGCACGCUUUGCUGACAACCCGGUGACCGACGUAUCGCCUCCACCAGCAGCGACCACGCCACCACUGAUGCCUUCGCCUGCCCAAGCUCUCAGAUCUCCAGAUCUUCCGCCUGUGUUCACUCCUGCGACGACAGCAACUGCUCCAACACCUGCAUCCACGACGCCAGUGAAC